AUGGCGGACGUAAAGAUACAAGAGCUCCUGCAAAAGCCCCGCAACGAGCUGACCGAGUACGAAAUCGCCCAGCUCGAGGAAUAUGAGUUCACGUCCGGCCCUCUCUCCAUCCUCCAGACGGCGGUUCGCCAGCAUACACAAGUCCUGAUCUCCUGCCGCAACAACCGCAAACUCCUCGCGCGCGUGAAGGCGUUUGAUCGGCAUUGCAACAUGGUUCUAGAGAAUGUGAAGGAGAUGUGGACGGAGACGCCGAGAUUGGCGUCGGGGAAGAAGGGAAAGCCGAUGAAUAAGGACCGCUUUAUCAGCAAGAUGUUUCUACGGGGCGACUCAGUCAUACUUGUUCUGCUGAGUUGA